AUGAAGAUGAUAGAAUUAAUCCGCGAGUUGAAUAAUUUCAAUCCAAAAGGAUUUAUACCUUUGAAGCACAAUACACAUACUAUCGGCUACAUUAACAAACAAUUGAUUGGGUUCGUUAAUAUCCCUCCAUUCACUAUCAAACACGAUUCUGUGAUAUACACCCACUCCUCGGUUCAACGCGACUCAGAAAUUAUAAAUCUCCACUUUAGAACACUCAAAGAAGCCACAGAUACUCCCUUACCAGUCAAACAUGAGUUGAAUGGCUGGCGCAAUGAGGAUUAUGGGGUGUACAGCGCAGACAACUCCCUCCUCUUCACAUUAGAGAGGGCAGCCGCUGGUAUUCUUGGUAUACCCACUUACGGGAUACAUCUCACUGCAUUCACUCCCGACUACAAAUUAUGGAUACCGCGUCGAUCACCCACCAAGCAGACUUACCCUGCCAUGCUCGAUAACACUGUAGCCGGUGGAAUAGCCUUCGGUGAUAGCGUCCUGCAUACUGUCAUCAAAGAGUGCCAAGAGGAGGCUAAUCUUCCCAGUGAGAUCAUACAUAGCAGCCUUAAGAGCACCGGCGUCGUCACUUACUUCUAUAUGAAACAAGGCCUCUUCGCACAACCUGAAAUUCAAUUCGUUUUCGAUUUGAAGGUGGAUCACCACGUAACUCCUACACCCAAUGAUGGCGAGGUGCAGUCAUUUAGUUGUAUCAGUGUGGAUCAGGCUAUUGCAAACAUCCACGAUAGACAGUUCAAACCAAAUUGCGCAUUGGUCCUGAUCGAUUUCUUUGUCAGACACGGCUUCAUCAGUCCUGAUAUAGACGAGUAUAUAGAAUUAACACAGAAUAUGCAUCGCCAGCUCCCUCUAUCCAACAUAUUUACACCAAAGUAA